AUGGGUUGGGUGGGGGGGGGGGGGGGGGGUGGGGGUUUUGGGAUAUGGGUAAUGGAGAUGAUUUUUUGUUUGGUGUUUGUUUUGGUUUGGGGGUGUGUGGGUUGGGGUUUUUUUUGGUGGUUGGUGGGGGUUGGAUUUUUGUUGGUUGGGUUUGUGGGUUUUGGUGGGGUUGGGGUGUUUUGGUGUGUUUUGGUGGGUGGUGGGGGGUGUUGGUGGGGGGGGUGGUUUGUGUUGGUUGGGGUUUUUUGGGGGUGGGUGGUGGGUGGGGGGGGGUUGUUUGGGUUGGUGUGGUGGUGUUGGGGGUGUGGGGGGGUGGUUGGGGGGUGGGGGGGUUGUGUGGGGGGGUGGGUUUGGGUGGGGGGGGGGGUGUGGGGUUUGGGUGGGGGUUGGGGGGGGGGGGGGGGGGGAGGGGGGUGGGUGGGUGUGGGGGGGGGGGGGGUGGGGGUGGGGGGGGUGGGGGUGUGGGUUUGUGGGGGGGGGGGGGUUUUGGGGGUGGGGGUGUUGUUGGGGGUUGUUGUGGUAUGGUGGGGUGGGGUGUUGGGGGUGUGGUGUUGUUUGGUGGUGUGUGUGGGUGGGGUUUGGGGGGUGGGGGUGGUGGGGGGUGGGGGGGUGGUGUUGGGGGGGGGGGUUGUGGGGGUGGGGGUGUGGGGGUGUGGUGUGGUGGUGUUGGUUGGGGGGGUGGUUUGGUGGUGGGGUGGGGGUUGGGGUGUUUGGGUGUUGGGGGGGGGGUGUGUUGGGGGGGGGUGUGUUUGUGGUGGGGGGGUGGGUGGGGGGGGGUGUGGUGUGGGGUGUGGGGGGGGGUUGUGUUGGGGGUGGGGGGUGGUUGGGGGGUGUGUGGGGGGGGGGUGGGGGGUGGGGUUUUGUGGGGGUUGUGGGUGGUGUGGUGGUGGGUUGGUGGGGGGUGGGUGUGGGGGGGUGUGUUGUGUGGUUGUUUGGGUUGGUUGUGGUGGUGUGGGGGGGUUUGUGGGUGGGUGUUUGGGUGGUGUGUGUUUGUGGGGUGGGGUGGUUGGGGGGGGCUGUGGGGUUUGGGGGGGGGGGUUUGUGGUGUUGGGGGGGGGGGGGGGGGGGUGGGGGGGGGGGGGGGUGGGUGUGGGGGUGGGGUUGUUGGGUUUGGGGUGGGGGGUUGGGGGGGGGUGUGUGUUGGGGGGGGGGGUGGGGGUGGGGGUGGGGGGGGGGUUGUGGUGUGGGGGGGGGGUUGUGUGUGGUGGGGUGGGGUGGGUGGGGUGGGUGGGUGUGGGGUGUGGGGGGUUGGGGGUGUUGGGGGGGGGGGGUGUGUGGGUGGUGGGGGGGGGGGGGGGUUGGGGGGGGGGGGGGGGGUUGGGGGGGUUGUGGGGUGGGGGUUGGUGGGGGGGUGUUGGGGUGGGGUUGUUGUUGGGGGGGGGGGGGGGGGGGGUUGUGGGUGGUGGGGUGGGUGGGGGGGGGGGGGGUGGUUGUGGGGGGGUUGGGUGGGUGGGGUUGUUGGGGGGGGGGGGGGGGGUGGGGGGGUUGGGGUGUUGGGUGGGUUUGGGGGGGGGGUGUUGGGUGUUGGGUGGGGGUUUGGUGUUGGUGGGGGGGGGGUGGGGGGUUGUGGGGGGUUGGUUUGUGGGGGGGGGGGUUGUGUGGUGUGGUGGUGUGUGGGGGGGGGGGGAGGUGGGGGGGGGGGUGUGGGGUGUGGUGGGGUGGGGGGGGGGGGGGGUGGGUUGGUUGGGUGAGGGUGGGGUUUUUGGGGGGGGGUUGGUGUGUUGGGUUGGGGUGGGGUUGGUGUUGGGGUGUGGGGGGUGGGUUGUGUUUUGGGUGGUGGUUUGUGUGGUUGGUGUGUGGGGUUGGGUGUGGGGUGGGUGUGGUUGGGGGUUGGGGUGGGGGGGGUGGUGUGGUGGGUUGGGGGGGGGGUGGGUGGGUUGGUUGGUGUUGGGUGGGUGGGGGGUGGUUGGUUGGGGGGUUGGGGUUUGUGGGGGGGUUGGGGGGUGGGGUGGGGGGUGGGGUGGGGUGUGUGGGGGGUUGGGGGGUUGGGUGUGUGGGGGGGGGGGGGUGGGGGGGGGGUUGGGGGGGGGGGGUUGGGGGGGUUGUGGGGUGGGUGUUGUGGGGGGGGUGGGGGGGUGGGGGUGGGGGGUGGGUGGGUGGUGGGGGGGUGGGGUGGGGGGGUGGUGGGGGGUGGGGUGGGGGGGUUGUGUUUGUGGGGGGGGGGGGGGUGGGGGGGGGGGGGUGUGGUGUGGGGGGGGGGUGGGGGGUGUGUUGUGUUGGUGGUGGGUUGGGUGGGGGUGGGGGGGUUUGGGGGGGUGUUUGGUGUGGGGGGGGUGGGUGUGGGUGGGUGGUGGUGUGGUGUGGUGUUUGGGGGGUGGUGGUGGUUUUGUUGGGGGUUGUUGGGGGGGGUGGGGGGGGGUGGGGGGGGGUUGUUUUUUUUUUGUGUUUUUUGUGGGGGGUUGGUGGGUGAUGGGGGGGGUGUGUGGGUUGGGGGUAGGUGUUUUAAGUGUGUGUGGGGUUUGGGGUGUGGUGUGUUGGGGGGGUUGUUGGGGGGUGGUGUGUUGUGGUUGUGUGUUGGGGGGGUUUGGGUGUUGGGGGGGGUGUGUUUGGGGGGGGUUUGGUGGGGGUGUGGGGGGGGGUGGGGGGUUGGGGGGGGGGGGGUGGGGGGGUUGUGGGGGGUGGGGUGGUGUGUGUGGGGGGGGGUGGUGGGGGGGUUGUGGGGUUGGGUGGGGGGGGGGGGGUGGUUUUGGGUGGGGUUGGGGGGGUGGGGUGUGUGGUGGGGUUGGGGUGGGUGGGUGUGGGGGGUGGUUGGUGGGUGGGGGGUUGUUGGGGUUUUGUGGGGGUGGUGGGGGGGGGGUGUGUGGGUGGUGGGGGGGGUGGGGGGGUUUGGGGUGUUGUGGUGGGUGUUUGUGGUGGGGGGGGUGGUUGGGGGUGGGUGGUUGGGGGGGGUGGUGGGGGGUUGGGGGGUGGGUGGGUUUGGUGGGGGGUGGGGUUGGGGGGGGUGGGGGGGGUGGUUGGGGUGGUUGUUGUGUUGUUGGGUGUGGGGUGGGUGUGGUGGGUUGUGUGGGGGUGGUGUGGGGGGGUUUGUGUGUGUUGUGGGGUGUGGGGGGUGGUGGUGUUUGUGGUGGGGUGGUGGGGGGUGUGGGGGUGGGGGGGGGUUGGGGGUUUGUUUGUUGGGGGGGUGUGUUGGGGUGGGGGGGGGUUUGGGGGUGUUGGGUGGUGUUGUGGUUGGGGGGGUGGUUGGGUUGUGUGGGUUGGUGGUGUGUGGGUUUUUUGGUGUUGUGUUGGGGUUUGGUGGGUGGGUGGGGGUGGGUUGGGUGGGGUGUGUUGGGGGGGGUGGGUGUGGGUGGGGGUUGUUGGGGUUUUGUGUGGGGGUUGGGUGGGGGGGGUGGGGUUUUUGUGGUUGUUUGUGGUUUUGGGGGUUUGUGGGUUGGUUUUGGGGGUAGGUGUGGGGGUGGUGUUGUGUGGGGUGGUGUGGGGUGUGAUGUUUGUGGUGUUGGGGGGGUGGUUUUGGGGUUUUUUGGGGGGGUGGGGGGGGUGGUGGGGGUGGUUGGGGGGGUUGGGUGGGGGGGGUGGGGGGUGUGGUGGUGGUGGGGGGGGGGGUUGGUGUGUUUGUGGGUGUGGGUUGGGUGUGGGGGGGGGGUGGUUGUGGUGUGGGUGUUUGGUUUGGUGGGGGGUUGUUGUGGUUUGUUGGGGUUGAGUAGGGGGUGGGUUGUUUGGGGGGGGGUGGGUUGGUUUGUUGUGUUUGGGGGUUGGUGUGUUGGUGUUUGUGUUGUGGGUGGUGUUGUGUUGGGGUGGGGUUGGGUUUGUAUUUUGGUGGGGGUUAUGUUGGGGGGGGGUUUGGGGUUGUGGUAUGGGUGUUGUGGGGGGGGGGGGGGGAGAGGUGGAGAUUGUUAA